AUGCGAGAAGGAGUCGAAGGAGAGAGGACCAAAAGGGAAGAAGUUUAUGACUGGAUGAUAAGAAGAGGAUACAAUGGGCUAGUUGGCAGAAGGAGGAAAAGGCCAAGGCUUCGCGGAGAUGGAACAGAAUGCGUGGCAGAUGUAGAGUUUGGGGUAUUGACGAGAGCAAGAAAUUUCCCGCGGGUUUUCCCUCGAAUGUCGAUGGCGAUGGUUGUCAACCCACUAGAGUUGAGGGACAAAUGCAAAGUGGUUAACGGCUAA